CAUGGCGUCUGGAGAUAUGAAAGUGGAAACCCCGGCGGACGAUAAGCAUAUUGAAGAUGUGGCUGGGGAAAAGACAUUGAGCUCUGACAAUGAGCGAGUCGAAGCCACUGCGGGUGUGGAGGAAAUCGACGAAGUGGAGGGACGCAGGAUACUGUCCAAGGUGGAUUACAGGCUCGUGCCUGUUCUGGCCCUGCUAUAUCUCGUCGCAUUCAUCGAUCGGAGUAACAUUGGCAAUGCGAAGGUCGCGGGACUGACUGCUGAUCUGAACAUGCAUGGACUGCAGUACAACACCGCAGUCACCCUCUUCUUCGUUCCCUAUACACUUCUCGAAGUUCCCAGCAACAUCGUGCUGAAGAUGAUGCGACCUAGCCACUGGAUCGCUAUACUUAUGUUUGCAUGGGGCAUAGUCAUGACACUCAUGUGUUUGAUCCACAACUACGAAGGUCUGCUGGCAGCCCGAUGGUUCUUGGGAGUGGCUGAAUCUGGCUUCUUCCCCGCCGCAACGUUCUUGUUGACCCUCUGGUACCGGCGUUACGAGGUCCAACGUCGCAUGGCGGUAUUCUAUGUCUCGGCGUCUCUCGCGGGUGCAUUCUCUGGGCUUCUCGCCUACGGUAUCCAAGAACUUGACGGUGUUUCUAAUCUCACCGGAUGGCAAUGGAUCUUCCUAAUCGAGGGUCUCAUCCCCGUUGCACUCGCGCUCGUUAUCUGGAAGGUCCUCCCUGAUAGCCCCGAAACCGCGAAAUUCCUCACCCAACGCGAGAGAGACUUCCUGGUCCGACGUCUGGCGGAAGAAACAGGCAGUGGCCAUGGCCAAGUCACAAACCAAGACAAGAUGGGGAGGAAAUUCAUCAAAGCGGGACUCUCAGAUUGGAAGAUCUGGGCCGCGGUAGUCAUCUUCUGGGGAAACACGGUCGGAGUAUACGGUUUCACCGCCACAGUCCCAACCGUCAUCAACGGCCUCGGCUACUCCGCCGCAAACGCGCAACUCCUCACCAUCCCCAUCUACGUCUUCGCAUCCAUCCUCACAAUCAUCUUCGCGUGGUGGUCCGACAAAGCGCAAACCCGCUCCCCCUUCAUCGUCGCCGGAUACUGCAUCGCCUCGUGCGGCUUCAUCGCACAACUCGCGAUCCCGCACCCCAAGUACUCGGGCCUUACAUACGGCUUCCUCUUCCCCGUUGCCGGCGGCCUCUACUGCCCCUUCAUCAUCCUCGUAACCUGGAUCGCGAACUCGCUUGCCCCGAGCUCCAAGCGCGCUGUAGGCAUGGCGCUGUUGAUCAGUGUUGGUAAUAUGGGCGGGAUCAUGGGCAGUAACAUCUACCUCGAGCGAGAGAAACCGAGCUAUACGACUGGAUUCGCAGUGUCGCUCGCUAUGUGCUUGGCUGCUAUCGCUAUGACGCUUGUGCUUCGAUUUGCGUACCAGAGGGAGAAUGCUAAGCGCGCGAAGCUGUUGGCGGAGAAUGGGGAGGAUGCUAUUCGCGCGCGGUACUCGGAGCAGGAACUACUUGAGUUGGGGGAUCGGAGUCCGUUUUUCAAGUAUACUCUGUGAAGGUUUGGUUGUGAAUGGUUUGGGGUUUAGCGGGGGUAGAGGCGAUGUUUGAGAGAUAUGUCCAGCGUCAUGGCAUCGCUACUACCUUUGGUUCAUGGGUUUCCAUAGACAGCCAUCGUAUUGUUAAACGAAGAAAGUGUUUACAGUUAUCGAGCCUUACUACUGUCGGUUGAAGGUGUCCCACCGAGAAUUACAUGUUGCUCACAGACCAAGAAUGUGAUUCUCUUUGUGCUCGCUUGCACUUUGAAGCAUUCGCUGUAUAUCUUUGGGUAGUUCGCCUGUACCCGUGUCACAGUGUGAAUGCGCCUUACAAUUUGCAUGUUAUUCAUUGAGUGCCUAUCUGAAGAUAAUGCCUGAGACAUAUAUGACUCAC